GGCGGAAAGGGAAAAAGUGGUUUUUCAAAGUCCGGAGCGCAAUUUCAGGGGGUAUAGGUGUGUGCAGGGGUGUACUUCGUGGGGCAAACCUCUCCGAAUCGCGGGUCCGGGGCCACACAGCGGGCGCUGUGGGCGCGGUGGCGGAACCCGGCCCCGGCUCUGCGUGGGCGUGUCGGCGGGCGGUGCUGCCCGGCCCCGCGGAUCGCGGAUUGGGCGUGGGGAGGGAGCGAGGGUUGCUCGCUGCCAGAGAAAGUUUUGGGGAGGGGUGGAUGUUUUUUUCUUCCCCCAGUGCGAGGAAAGGGGGUUUGGUUUGGGUUUGUUUUGUUUGCUUCGCUCCGCUCCUCGCCCGCUCUGUUUCUUCGUCCGGCCGUGGGUUCUGGGGACUUUUUAAUUUUCGGGGUUAAUUUUUUCGUUUUAUUUUCGUCAUUUUUUGGUGGUUGGCUCUCCCUCUUUGUCCCUUCGAGAAGUGCUCCACCAGCCGCCUCUCGCCCUGCCAUCCCUCCCCAUGCGCCCGGGGCCGCGGGCAGCUCCGCGGCGCACACCCGGGAGCUGAGCUGCGGAGCGGCACAUCCCCUCCUCGGGCAGGAUGUACACGGCCGGGCUGGCUCCUUUCUACGCCUCCAACUUCAGUUUGUGGUCAGCGGCGUAUUGCUCCGCAUCGGGGCCGGCGGCCAGCGGCUGCUUCCCACUGGACGCCGCGGCGGCGAAGAAGCCGUCCUUCUGCAUCGCCGACAUCCUCCACGCCGGCGGCGAGGCCGGAGCCGCCGACAGCCUGCCCGGAGGGCCCGGCAGCGGGAUGCCGGCCGCGCUGGGAGCCGUGCACCACGGUGGUCCCUUCCACGCCACGGCCUCGCCGCUCCGGCCCACGCCUGUCGUGGCCCCCGACGCCCCCACCGCCGCCGCCGCCUUCCCGCCGCGCCUCUCGCCGCUCUCCGCCGCCUACCACUCCCACCACCACCGCCCCACGCAGCACCGGUCCCCCGCGGCGGCGGCGGCGGGAGCCGGAGGCGCCCCGGUCCCCGCCCGGCUGCCCGGCGGCCACACGCACAGCUCGGCGCCGGCGCCCGCUAGCAAGGACCUGAAAUUCGGCAUCGACCGCAUUUUAUCGGCAGAGUUUGACCCCAAAGUCAAGGAAGGCAACACGCUGAGAGAUCUGACCUCCUUAUUAACUACGAGCCGCCAAACUGGGGUUCAUCUCCCCAACUUGCAGCCUUCCGCCGGCCAGUUCUUCGCGUCUCUAGACCCCAUUAACGAGGCCUCUGCUAUCCUGGGUCCCUUAAACACAAACCCAAGGAGCUCAGUGCAGCACCAGUUUCAAGACACUUUUCCAGGUCCGUACGCAGUUCUAACCAAGGACACUCUGCCCCAGACGUACAAGAGAAAACGCUCCUGGUCCAGGGCUGUUUUUUCCAACCUGCAGAGGAAAGGUUUAGAAAAACGGUUCGAAAUCCAGAAGUAUGUCACCAAACCGGACAGGAAGCAACUGGCGGCGAUGCUGGGGCUGACAGAUGCUCAAGUGAAGGUGUGGUUCCAGAACCGGCGGAUGAAGUGGCGGCACUCCAAGGAAGCGCAGGCCCAGAAGGACAAGGAGCCGCCGCCGGAGCCGGAGCCGGCGGCCCAGAGAGCCGGCGCACCGCCCGCCGCCCCCGGGGAGCCCGAGCGCAGCCCCAGCCGCUCCGACGGCGACAGCGACAGCAGCGACGCUGAGUCCCUCGACAUGGCCCCCAGCGACACGGAACGGACUGAGGGAGCCGAGCGGAGCCUGCCCGCCGCCGGGCUGGGCAAGUCCUCCGGCAGCCCCGGCCUGCCUUCCCCCCCGCCCGCCGCCACCAGCCCCGAGCCGCGGAGCGGUCUAUAGUCGGGGUAGCCCGGGACCUGUUCGCUAAUUUAUCUCCCUUCCCCCGCCCUGGGGCGCGGCAAGUCCGGCCCAGCACCGGCCCCGGCCCGCUCCCGCCUGUGGCCAGCGCCCGGCCCGGCCCGGGGCGAGGAUGCAGGCGGAGCGGGGAGCCCCAGCCCUGCGGCGGCGGAGCGUGAGGCGGCCGCCUUUCACUCAGAGCUGCUCGCAGGAGACCGGGAAUUUUUCCCUUUUUCCCCCUUUUUUUUUUUUAAUUUUAAUUCUCCGUUUCCCGCCCAUCGUUCUCUCCAAGGGAAAUCCGAGCGAGGGACUGCGAGAACGCUCUCAGAAAUCCCCACCUUUCCCCGCCCCACCCCCCAACCAAUUUACAAUGUGAAGUAUUUUGUCAACGUCCUCAUUGGUUGCAACUUGUUGCUUCGAAUAAUCCGGCCAAGAAAUACUGCACUGACAAAAUAUAUAAAUAUAAAUAUAUAUAUAUAUAAAAUUCCUGUAAAUAAAAUGUUUGCUAUGG